CGCGGAGACCAGUGCGCCCCAGCCCCGGCAGCCCGCCGAGCAGUGUCAUGGCGGACCCCAGAGCCCCGGAAGCCCCGUGUCCUCACGUGACCCGAAGGAGGCCCCUUCUUUGUCAAGAGGAAGGCAGCAGGCGCCUGGGAGCGAGCGUCCCAGAGAGGGCGCUGAAACGGGAGUGGAUCCUGCCAGGUCCCCGCAAUUGUACGGGUGCAGGCAGCAAAGGGUACUUGUGUCUCCGUUUCUCACGCCCACUGCCCUUUUCUUCAUCCACACUCCCGUCGUCUCCAGCGGACUCCCCUAAGAGGGUUCAUCUUGAUAGAGGGUUGAACAAGGGAUUGGGUUGUAGAGACAGUUACAGAAUUCAAACGUGAGUUCGGCCUCUCAGCAGGUUCCAGGACCCCAAAGGAUAGGGCUGGGAAUGCAAACCAGGACAUCACCCCUUCCUGGGCUUUCCUUACGUACAUGAUGCCCACACUUGGGUUUGCUCUCAAGCCUGAAUAGGAGUCCAGGGAAGAUAAAGGUUCUGGUAAGAGCAGAUUUAAUUUCUACUCAGAAGCACAAGAAAAUGGUUCAUUUCAGCCAGAAUCUCAAGUCCAGGGCCAACUGCUUUCCAAAGGAACAGGAAGCCUGCUUCUGUGUCGCUCCUGGGGUCCAACUCAGGGCAUGUGGUUGCUGCCCAGAUCCUGCCCCCAGCAGGUCCGUGGUGUGAAGGGGAGUGGCUUUCUCCAGGCAUCACAGUCCUAGUGGUCUUUGCCCCCAGAGCAGGUGGCCCUGGUUAUCGGGGGCCUCGCUGGGGGGCUGCUGCUGCUACUGCUAUUGAUCUGGGUGAGCUGCUGUCUCUGGAAGAGGCUUUGUGCCAUGUUCACCUAUGAGGAGCUGCCAGGGACCACAGCUGCGUCCAGCACACAAGGGGACAAGCUCUGCCCACCAUAUGCCGCCAGGACCCAGACAAGCAGGCCACCAGGUGUGCCAUUCGUGGUGCCCCCUUCCUUCCAAGACCGAGACUGGGUACCCCUGAACAGUGGAGAGUGGGCUCAGGUCCCACGGGACCCCUGCCCAGCCCCGGAGCUCCUGCCCCACACCUCCAGCAGCAACCUUGGCAUGGUGGGGACCAUCAACCCAGAGCUAUACAAGUUCCUAGAGGACACGAGUGAGACGGACUUCCCUGAGGGUUGCCUGGGGCGGCUGUGGUUCUCCUUGGAAUACCAGCAGGAAGCCGAGCGGCUGUUGGUGGGCUUGAUCAAGGCGCGGAGGCUGCAAGGCCCCUCAGAGACCUGCAGCCCCCUGGUGAAGCUUCAUCUGCUGCCCGACGAGCGGCACUUCCUCCAGUCCAAGACCAAACACAAGACCUCCAACCCGCAGUUUGAUGAGCACUUCAUCUUCCAGGUGUCCAGCAAGAGCAUCACUCAAAGGGUACUCAGGUUCUCCGUGUACCACGUGGACAGACAGAGGAAGCACCAGCUCCUGGGCCAGGUGUUCUUCCCCCUGAAAAACGAGACCCUGGCAGGUGACUGCCAGCGCCUCAUCUGGAGAGACCUGGAGGCUGAGAGCCUGGAGCCUCCCUCUGAGUUUGGAGACCUGCAGUUCUGCCUCGGCUACAACGACUGCCUGCGCCGCCUGACCGUGGUCGUGCUGCGAGCCAAGGGCCUCCAGCUCCAAGAGGACACGAGUUUUGUCAUGGCUGUGAGCAACGGGGGUCCUGGCGCCCAGGGUGGGCCGCGCCCUCCCAGCCAGACCUCCCACAGACCAGAGGCUAGACCCCGCCCGCUCCUCCCGGCAGACAGUCUGCACUGCCCCGCAGGUGUGUGUGUCAAAGUGUCUCUGAUGAACCACAACAAGUUUGUCAAGUGCAAGAAGACUUCGGCUGUCCUGGGCUCCGCCAACCCCGUGUACAGCGAGACUUUCAGCUUCAAGGCCGACCCCGCUGAGCUGGACACUGCCAGCCUCAGCCUGACCGUGCUGCAGGGCGCCGAAGGAGAGAAGAGCCAUGCGCUGGGCCGGGUGGUGGUGGGCUCCUACAUGUAUGCCCGGGGCAAGCAGCUGGAGCACUGGAACGAGAUGUUCAGCAAGCCCAAGGAGCUGGUGAAGCGCUGGCAUGCCCUCUGUCGCACCACUGAGCCCUGACCGCGCCCUCGGGUCUGCGGGGGAGCCUGCUCUCCUCUCCCCUGUGGCAGCCGCAGGCCUGGAUGCUCCAGCCAGCAUCUUGCUGGGCCGGGCCGGCCGGAGCCAGGGCACUGUGAGUGCCACCACGCAGGAGAGAAGGGACGAGGGAGCCCCAGCCAGCUUGGCGGCGUGGCUGGCUGCCACCCGCUAGCCUCAGGUACCCUCCCGACUCACUCCAUCCUCCUCUCCCCGUGGGGCUGCCUGGGCUCCGAAUCCCAGGCACCACAGUCCCGAUUUGGACCGGAAUCUCAGGCAUUCAGAAGAAAUACUCUAUUCAGCGAUAGCAGAGCUGUGUGUGCUCACUGGAAACUUAGGCUCCACCAUCCCAGAAAGCUGAUGGCAUGUUGAUGCUAAACCUAUAUGGGCUCUGGUUUCCCUGCCUCCCGUUUAGCAGAGAACACAGACUGCGCCGGGGGAAUAAUGGGGUGCAGGGGGCGCCCAAAGCACUGAUUUCAGUUGGUCCACAAUAAAUAGCACAGUCUGAAAGUUGGAUUGGGCAGUUCAGUGUGGAACAGCCCCAGGAUUCCUGGGCAGCACGGCGUGCCCACAGCUCAGGAGAAAAAGCUCUCAGGGAUCAAGACUCGCUGGCUUUAGGACCUGGGAAAUAACAUUGGGAACAGCCCACCCAGGUAACAAGUGGCGGACGUGUUCUCGGUAUCCUGUCCCUGUGCCAGGGAGAAGGCCUUCACCUGUGUUAGGGCCCUCCCAGAGCUGGGUCAGACCCUGGCCCACAUCAUGCCACAUCUUGCCCAUAAUCCAAGCCUCACGCCCCUGGUCUUACAGGUGUUCUAGUGGCUUCUGUGGUCUCCCUGGUUGACAGCAUUCAGCUCCUUGGGGCUCUCAGUUUAGGCAGGAAAUGGUGAAAGCAUGCGGUCAAAAGUGUAGCCCGCAGGGCUGAGAGCUUUUCCCAUAAACCUAAGUGAUUUCAUUAUGGGGACUGUGUUGUGGCAGGUGUCUGUGUGAAGUUCAUUAAAAUGGAAGUCCCCACAAACCACAGUCAUCCGAUCCCCGUGAAGUUGUACUCAAGGUAAUGAGCAGCCAUCGCGUCUGUCUCUGUUAACAGGCAACCUGCAUUUUCACCCAAAUGCUGUUGAACUUGCGGGGUCAACACACCGUAUUGUGAAAAUGGAACAAACUUUAAACCCGUGUUGUCUCUUUUCUUAUGCAGUGAAGCAACUUCAGCAAAAGAAAGUAGCCAUCAUUAUUCUCUGUUUGUGCCUCUUUAACUUCGCUUCCCAUCUGAUCUCUGUCAAUGCAUAAAGACUCACUUUACCUGGCA